AUGGACGAAGGGGAGGCGCCGCCAAGGCGGUGGCCCUGCGUGAUCCUGCUGCCCACCGGCGAAGGGCACCAGAAGGAGGCCAAGGUGUUCCCCUUGGCCAAGGCCCCCACGUUCGACCGCCUGCUGGCCGAAUCCUCGAACCGAUUCGCGCGAGAGAUCACGCGCAUCUUUGUCGUCUUGCCCGAGCACCACGUCACCGAGCUGAACAGCGCCAACUACGUCGACCCGAGCAGUGAGAGUGGGCAGGCGGCGGUCGCGCCGCCACCAACUGAGCUGCAGCCGAGGGCUGAUGAGGUUGCGCAGGAGAUGGACGUGACCACCGAGGUGGCGGUCGCUGGCGGUGACGAGCUCAGGCCCGUUGUCGAGAAGCAGAAAGAAGAGGAAUCAGAAAGCGAAGAGAAGGAAGAUGGUCAGAAUGAAGAGGAACCGCGCGAGGCACAUCACCUGCUCGUGAUGGCGAGGAAGAACGAGAGGGCGAGAGCGAAGAAGACGCGGCCGAAUUCGAGGGAUCUCGAACUGCAGCGGCAGCAGAAGCGGGCGAGCCGGGACUUCCGCGAGGACGAGUUCCUGUCCCAGCUUCGCCGGGUGCGGCUGUCCGCGCCGCAGGUCAAGACCGUCAACUGGAGCAACAUGGCCAUGUCCACAAUGCCAGAUUGGCAUCAGAACUGGACGGCCAUCGAGGAGGUCCAGAUGCACCACAACAACUUCACCUCGUUCCCGAUGAAGAUCGUCGACGAGCCCAACUUUCGGCACAUCAAGAUCCUCAACCUGUCCUACAACCGCAUUCCGCGCCUGCCCGACGAAUUCCUCCUCCUCCAGGGCCUCACCUCGCUCAACCUCACCUGCAACAAGCUCACGUCGUGCUACCCGGCCCUGCUCCUGCCGUCGCUGACCGAGCUCGACCUGUCCGAGAACUGUCUCAGCGUCAUCACCCGCCGCGACAUUCUGCACCCGCAAUCCAGCCACAACAACGCUGUGGACGAUGACGGGGCAUCAUCGCCGCAGGUCGCCGCGCACGCGCUGACGUCGCUCUCGCUCAAUCUCAACCUGCUGGAGUCGCUUCCGGUCGAGAUGGAGCACCUGUCCUCCCUGCGCUACCUCUACGUCAAGGACAACCCGUUCAAGCCGCCGCUGCACAAGCUCAACAACGCCGGCAACCAGGCCAUCAUGCUCCACUUCCUGGCCGACCUGCUCAGCGAGUCGCCCGGGUCGCCGUCGGCCAAUCGCAAUCGAACGCUGUCGGGCAGCUUCAGCGCCCGAGAGGCCAUCGCAGCCGGCGGUCUCGCCAUCAUUCCGAUCGAAGAGCUCGCAUUGGAUGUGUCGGCGUCGCCGCUGGGUCGCGGAGCGCACGGAGUGGUGUGGCGUGGCACCUACCAGGGCCAGACAGUGGCCGUGAAGAAUGUCAGCUCAAUCGCCAAGUUCUGUCAGGAGGUCGGCAUCUUGAGUUCUCUCAAGCUCAAGUAUUGUAUCAAGUACUAUGGGGUCUGCGUGGUGUCUGGCAUCACACUCGUGGUCAUGGAGUAUGCGCCGAUGGCGGAUCUGGGCAAGGUGCUCAAGGACCUGCGACACAAUCUGACGCUGGAGGAAAAAGUGCGGAUCGCGCUCAAGGUAUUCGAGACGAACCCGUGGAAGAUCAAGCUGAACGACUUUGGCCUGAGCACGCAGUACAAGGUCGCUCACUGCGCCAAGGCUCCCUCGAGCGAUGCCACGAUGUACUUCCCGUGCACCGCUCCCGAAGUGUUGGAGAAUCAGCCGUUUAGUAUGAAGUCGGACGUGUACAGCUACGCGAUGUUCCUAUACGAGCUCUUCACCGGGCGCAAGCCCUUCAAGGGCCUCACCAUCGACGAGAUCCGAUCCACCAGCAUCACCGAUCGCGUCAUCAUCAUCGCCAUCAUCAGCCCCUUCUUCACCACCGGAAGAAUCGAAGAAGCCGUCGCCCGAGCAACUUCACCUCGCCCUCCCGGCUCCGUCGCCCAUCAGCCCGGCCUCGACUGCACCGCAGAGCACGUCACCGCGAAGCCGCUCGCCCGGGCCGUUCCGGCCGAGGUCAAGGAGAUGCUGCUGCGGGCGCACAAAGUAGCGCGCAGGAAGAAGGACUUCGUGGGCAAACACGAAAUGGAGGGCCUCCUCACCAUACUGGCCGACUUUACCCACCAACGUUCGUCGUCGUCAUCUUCUUCUUCAUCGUCAUCGUCAUCAUCGGCGCCAUCUUCCUUGCCGCCCGCUUCAUUGUCGGCUUCGUCGUCUUCGAUCUCGCCCAUCACCGAAUCGGUUCUGGAGAAGAUGAUGGAGCGGGCGCAGGCCAUGAUCCACCACCACUCCGACUCGCACUUCCCGCUCUCGCCCAACUAUGCGGAAGCGGAUGAAGAGCAGGAAGAGGGCGAACAGGCGUUGGAGCAGUCGCCCGACGAAAUCGCAGAGAGCGAGGCCAGACAACACAUCCUCCGCAAGAUCCGCCGCAUCAUCGAAAAGUGCUGGAGCGGCCGACCACACCAACGGCCGUCGUUUUCGGAGAUCGUGUCGAAGGUGUCGCAGAUCUACUGGAAGGGGAGCAAGGGGACUCGGUCGCGCACCGGCUGGAUCUCGGGCAACGAGCGGCUCACCUUCAGCCUCCUCUGCAAGAAGGCCAACGGCGCCGCCACCCGCCAGGCCCUCGUCCACAGCAACAACAACACCUCCACCAUCAACAAGGACCAACCUUAG